AACGUCAUCCAAUAAUACUACCACAUGGCGCAAAGCUUAGCAAAUUGUUAGUCGAAUUCACUCAUAAGAUCACCUUGCACGGUGGUAAUCAAUUAAUGACCCGAGUAUUAAGGUCCGAAUUCUGGAUAUUUGGACUCAAAUCGCUAAUCAAACAAACCAUACGAAAAUGUCGAAUCUGCUUAAUUCACAAAAAACAAACCCAAACUCAAAUAAUGGCUUCGCUACCACCCGAACGUACUUUUCUCUCUCGACCCUUUACAAACACAGGGGUAGAUUUCGCAGGACCCUUUAACAUUAAAAGUUAUUCAGGAAGAGCCUGCUUUAUUACAAAAGGCUAUGUGUGCCUGUUUGUUUGUUUCGCCACGAAGGCUAUACAUUUAGAACCCACAAGCGAUUUGUCGACAUAUGCCUUUCUUGCAGCUUUUUCUAGGUUCAUAAGUCGGCGAGGUUGUCCAUCUUGUAUAUUUUCUGACAACGGAACUAACUUUGUAGGAGCGGUUGAUCUAUUAAAGCGAGAUCGAUUAGCUUUCAUGAAGAAUAUUCAAAAUAGCACUAUUCAAAACAACUUCACUCAAAAUCUUACUUGGAAAUUUAUUCCUCCUGGUGCUCCGCACAUGGGCGGCUUGUGGGAAGCUGGUGUUAAAUCAUUUAAAAUUCAUUUACGAAAAAGCAUCCCAAAAAUGAAUUUCACUUUUGAAGAAUUUACAACUAUUUUAGCAAGAAUUGAAGGCUGUCUUAAUUCGCGACCCUUAAGUCCUGCUAGCGAUGACCCAAAUGACCUUUCCCCUUUGACUCCUGGCCAUUUCUUAAUAGGAACAUCUAUCCUUACCCCAGCUGAACCAGACAUUUCAGAUACAGAUCUAAGCUUAGUCAAUCGUUGGAAAAGACUCAAAGUUAUUUCUCAAUAUUUUUGCAACAGGUGGAAAUUAGAAUAUCUUCACGAACUUCACAGAAGAACUAAGUGGAAAUAUGAAAAAGAGAAUAUCAAAGAGGGAGAUUUAGUUGUCGUAAAAGAUGAUAGAUUGGCUCCGCAUGAAUGGAAGUUAGGUCGUAUCGAAAAAACGUAUCCAGGCAGUGAUCAAAAUACCAGGGUUGUAGACAUACGGACGGCAAGUGGCAACAUUAGCAGACCCAUAACAAAAAUUGUCAAAUUGUUUUCCGACUGACUAGUCGGAUUCACACCCAAAAAAGAAUUUAGUACUCGCCUUCAUUUUCUUUCAGAUAUGGCCGCUUACUUGCCCAACCAGGACUACCGUCUGGACGAUCGCAGCCGUAGCCCAGCCUCAUCUGCCCGUCCUACAGCAAGAAGCGCCAACAGACCCUUACGGCCAAUCCAACGUCCCAGUUCCACAUCCCCUGAAAGACGUCAACGAAGUCGAUCCGAUGCAAGACCCCGCCAACGCCAAGAAAGACCAAGCUACUGGCAAUAUUCAUGUGGACUAUGCCAAGAAGACCAUGCCCUCAGUGCCUGUGAGAGGUUCCGCCGGCAGACGCCCUUUCAGCGGUAUGAGACCGUGGAGCGUCGGGGGUAUUGCCGAAAUUGCCUGGCGAGAAGUCAUUUGGCCCCCGACUGCCCGUCUUUAACUGGUUGCCGGAGAUGCAACUACCGGCACCAUACCCUAUUGCACGGGGCGUCUCAAUUGGAAGAGGUAUCCCUAAAUAUAGAAGCCGUCACCACCCCAGCUUUCGCAUGGGACUUAGUAUUUGUACCGACGGCUAUGGUGCGCAUAACGGCCGAGGGCAUGGAGGGGUUCAGCAUGUUGCGAGCCAUAGUUAGCCAAUCGGCGACGAUGUCCAAGAUCUCGUAUGCAGCUUUCCGUCGCCUGGGUCUGCAGUCGCGGAGCUACAAAGGGGAGCGAUUCACCACCUUCACCGUUUCGCCCCGCCGCACAAACUCUGAUUGGAGUCUGAAGGUAAAUGCUUUAAUAAUUGAAGACCUCCCCAGACGCAUUUACUCAGACCCGAUAUUAGAAGACCCCACGAGAUGUUUUACGAACUAUGCGCUUGCUGACCCUGAUCCCAGAGGAAAUAGUCCGAUCGAUGUGGAACUGGGAGCGGACACGUACUCCGCCAUACGAAAAGAAGGGUGUACAGCAGCUGGAAUUGGAGAUGUCCUGGCCUACAACACACAACUGGGCUACGUGUUUGCCGGACCCAUCAAGAAUAUGCCGAGGAACGGAUGAACGAGAAUUCUUAUGUGAAAAUCUAACCAACAACAAGAAGUAUCAACAUUACAAAACGAGUUAAAAUUGUUAAAAUAAAUUACAAAGACGUUCAACAACACACAACAAGAAGGUGAAAAACAAAAUUGUAUAAAAAAAAACACAUACACCAUACAUAUAAAACUUGUACAUAAAAACUUAAAAUCUAAUGAAUUAAUACUAAUUAACUAAAAUUUAAAGUCUACAAAAUAAAAACGCCAUGAAAUAAACCUAAAAUAAAUUAUUCAAAUUUUAAACCUAAUUAUCCUUAAAUCUAAGUGCACCCCCAUAAAAACACAAAUAAAAACGAACCAUUUGAAAUAAAUAAAAAAAAACCAUAUAAAUUUGUUAUAAUUUAGAAAGGGCAAAAAAGGUAAGCCUAAAAACAGUAUGAAACCCGUCUUUUUUUCUAACGAAUAUUUUAAGUUUUAAAUACCAACGAUACUUAUUAAAAGCGUGAGGUCUAUAACAAUUAAAUGUGUUAAAUGUGUGUGGCAGUUCUCAACUUUUAAACCUAUUCGGUGUUUGUUAUAGACCUGCUAAUCUUCAAUUUUUGAAGUUAAAAAAAUAAACUGUUGCUGUUUAAUUUGCUGUAAGACCCCUCAUUUUGAGACUACAUAUUUCUGCAGCCAAAAAGAAAAAAUUAUUUUUUUGAAACUCAGUUACUGAUAUGGUGUUAUUGCGUAAUAAGAAUGUCAUUUUUAACCUAACAAAAACGCCAAGCGUUUAGUUUUUUUCACAAAUAUAAAUUUUAUGAUAACAAAAAAACAAUGCUAUAUGUAUAUAUGAUUUGUGUGUGUGCUUUUUCUUUAACUAUAAGUUUCAGCUUUAAUUAUUAAGAAAAGAAGAUGUAAACUCUUGCUUGACAACCAACGCUUCCAAUUCAAAAUUGUUAGAUUACUUUUGAAAAUAUGUUAAAAAUCGAACUCCUCUACCAACAGAAAAAUUUUUUUUUUUCAUUAAAUUUUUGUCAUGCACAAUUACUAGAAAUUAAUAUAAAAUAACAAAAAAUAAUUUCUCAUUUUUUUGUUUGGUGUAAAUAUCACACAGUAAUUAUAAACAUAUAAUGUCUGUAAAGUCUUAUAAAUUUGCCGAUUAAGUUGUUUUUUUAUAAAAAAAAAUCUAUUUUUUUAAAAUAUAAUUUUUUGUAACGACUUUAUUUUUAAGUUUUUCUAUUAUAAAAUGUGACAUCAAACUUAAAAAGAAAAAACUGAAAAAAUAAUAUAUAUAUAAAUUAAUAUUAAUAUACUUAUACAUAUAAAUGUAGAUUAACCGAUCACUUAUAUAUACAAAAAAAAAAAAAAAUAAUAAAAAUUAAAUAUACAGGCAUACAGCAACACAAAAACACACACCCAUACCUAAAUAAAUAAUAUAUCUCCAGUAAUGGUCAACUAUUAAAAAUAUGUAAUUAUUAUUCAUGAAUUUAAGUUAUUUACCAAUAAACAACAACAACAACAACAAAGUGAAAUGAAUA